UCUCCAGUUUCAAGCUUGUUACGGCUACGGAUUUUAGCUUUUUUUUUUUCGAUAUUUUUGUUUGAUUUUUGUAGAUAAUUUGUUUGAUUGCUAAGAGAGUGGAGGAAAAUUAAGAGAAGAAAGGAAAACAAAAUGUGUUGUUUUCAGCUGUUUUGUUUUGGAAAGGAAAAAAGAAAUAGUAACGAAAACAGUUGAUUGAUUUGUGAAUUUUAAUCUGUUUAUGGCUGCUUGUUUACUGAGGAAAUUGAGGAAAAUGAAAAGAACGAAAGUUAAUUCUAAGGUUUUAGAUUUGUAUUAUAAAGUGUGGAGCUCAGUUUUCUUUUUUAUUUUCGCUUCUGUUUCUGACGUUUUAGCUUCCGAUACGGAGUUUAUUGGCUAAAUUUGCUCGAAGAAUCCCAAACUUUUUGGUCUCUGUACUUUUGAGUAUAACAUUUUUGUUUGUGAUUUAUGAAUUGGUAGUCUGGAUAUCAUAUAAAUGUAUUUGUCUUUAUGCACAUUAAUUUUUUAUUACGUUCUUAGAUGUUGACUUGGUCAAAGUUUAGGUUGUCCGGUAGAAUCGGAUCUUCUUGUUGCGAACAAGAAGUUUCAAGUACUUGAACUUUUGUUUUCAUGCUUGUGUUGAUUGUCUUCAAGUGGUUGCCUCCUUGUUUUGAUAUUUUGUGACGCCAAAAGUUAAAAUUGUUCUGUUAGCAUGUUGAUCAUUUGUGUGGGAAAGAGAUAUUAUUGAUUAGUGUUGGGAUAAGUAGCUGAUUCAAGCAGUUUAAUUUGCUACAAGGACGAGCAGACAUGAAAAUGACAGUGGAACUCUAAAUUAUAAGUAUUUUGUUUCACAGAUUAAUAUAGGGCGGAGCUUUGUGAUGUAAGCAAAAUUUUGGCGAAAUGAUCCUGUCUAUUCAUAUGAAUGCAGUUAAACUUUUGUUCUUUCAAAUUCUAUAAGAUAUACUUCAGUAACAAAGAACCCCACCCUGUCCCUUUGGGGCGGAACCAAUCACACCGAGGUUCAAUCUCGGGGUACUGUUGAUCAGUGAAAAAUGCCUGAGAUUGUAUUGGGUUCACAUACUGUAAGAUCCCAUGGACGUAAAGUUGCAAGGAUACACAUGUAUGACUGGCUGAUUCUUAUACUCCUUGGUAUAAUAGAGAUCAUUUUAAACAUCAUAGAACCAUUUCACCGCUUUGUUGGACAGGAUAUGAUGACAGAUCUGAAAUAUCCUAUGAAAGCAAACACUGUUCCCUUUUGGGCUGUUCCUUUGAUUGGAAUUUUGCUGCCUUUUAUUAUCAUUUGUGCAUACUAUUUCUUCAGAAAGGAUGUCUAUGAUCUGCACCAUGCCAUAUUAGGCCUUCUGUACUCUGUGCUUGUAACUGGUGUUAUAACUGAUGCAAUUAAAGAUGCUGUUGGUCGACCUCGCCCGGACUUCUUUUGGCGCUGUUUCCCAAAUGGCACAGGGAUUUUUGAUCAUGUCACAAAGAAUGUUCUGUGUACUGGAGAUAAGACUGUUAUUAAGGAAGGACACAAAAGUUUUCCAAGUGGACAUACUUCAUGGUCCUUUGCCGGCCUUGGUUUCCUUGCAUUGUACUUGUCAGGGAAAAUCCAGGUGUUUGAUCGUAAAGGACAUGUUGCAAAGCUGUGCCUUAUUUUCCUACCUUUACUUGUUGCUUCUUUGGUAGCUGUUUCUCGAGUCGAUGACUACUGGCAUCAUUGGCAAGAUGUCUUUGGUGGAGCACUUAUAGGGAUAACAGUCGCCACAUUUUGUUACUUGCAGUUCUUUCCACCGCCAUAUGAUGUGGAUGGUUGGGGGCCUCAUGCAUAUUUCCAGAUGUUAUCAGAAUCUCGAAAUGGGGUUCCGACAAACACCACCAGCCGUCUUAAUGUACAGGCAUCAGAGCUUGAAACUGUGUACAUCGAUUCUCAACCCUGCAGGGAAAUACCUAGAUCCACCACUUGGGACACCAGCCCGAUGGAAGAUGAAAGGAGACGCUGACUCAAGUCCCUCAUUGUGCAUUACAGAGAAGAAAAAGAUAUAAAUAGCAGUCCAUGUUAUUUUUUGAGAUCUAUUUUCUUACUCGUUUUAUCCAGUUUAUUUGAUUGAUUUUGCUGGUUUGUUGUGUAGGACUGAAAAAACUUUACCUCCA